AUGGAGGAAAGAGAAAUUCUUGACGCCCAUGAUGAGCUUGAUCUAUAUGCCCUACACUAUAUUUAUCUUCCAGCAAUACAGGCAUCGCUGAAUGAGUUUGUUAACCAAUGGAAUCAUCAUGGACUACGAAGUAUGCAUAGUAUCUCGCCUCUUGCACUUCGGUAUUCUGAGGUUAUUGAAAUUGGUGUGACUGAUGUCAAUAUCGGGGACAUAACUUUAUAUGGCAUUGAUCCUGAUGGCCAGUUGGUGAUAUUGAAACCGAAAAUAUGGUUGUUGUCCCUGAAAGUACAAUUAAUUUAA